AUGGCAAGAUCAGCUCAGAUAAAGAACUCCCAGGGUUUAUGCAGCAACUUGACCUGUGGCCAAUACCUGGACGUAAGCAGUUCAGAGUUCUGCACGGAGCAUCUAAACCAGAAGAAACGCACAGAAAAGUCGAAGUCUCAUAAUAACCAUGGUAGACAAUUGCCUACCCAAAACUAUCUCAGCUCGUUCAGCAAUGAUUCUUGGGCAGGGACAGCCACAUCAACACGAAACUCCCACCCAAGCAUUCACUCACCAUCCCACGGAGGCAACAGACAAGGUGCAUAUAGUAAUACCGCGGCGCAGGGCUCACACACUCACUCUCCUUAUCACGUCAACAGAGCCUUAUCUGGUGCUUUUGCGGCGGGUCCAAGGUUCGACGACGCUUGGAACAACACGUGGGAUGAGCAUUCGACAGCACCCCCCAACCAAGCGUACAGCAGUUAUGGAACAUCUCCAAAUCUAUUUAUGGGCCCUAGUUAUAUCCCACCCAGGCCCGGUAUGCAGGCCUUCGACAAUAACGCCAUAUACCAACCCAUGGAUGAAUAUGGGUAUGGCCAGUACCAUGCUGGCUCUAGCCAUUAUAGCCGACCCCUUCCGACGGCGACUCCCCCUGGUCAGAGUGGACAGUACAGGUAUCAGCCUUGGACUUGGGAUAGUUACCACCAAAACUACCCUACUCAGGAUCCCAAGUAG